AUGACGACCCCGUAUGUGAGCUGUGGAGAGCCUUCUCCACACCGUCCAACUUCUUCAGGACGCGCUCCAUUGCGGACGGCGCUGGACGCGCAGUUCCGUCACGACCGUAACCUCCCCGUCACCCACGACGCCUACGUCCGCUUCCGUUCGAGCGCACAGGUGACUGCUGGCAAGACGGGCCCCGCUGACGCUGGCGGUCAGGAAAACGGUCCCCGCGACGAGGAGAGUAGAGCCGUUGGGGCUUUGCAGGACGGGGUGAACGCGGAGCCGGGGACCGAUAUCCAGACGCGCGGCGUGCAGGCGAACGCUGACGAGAGGAACAGUGAGCGGGCGAACGAUGAUGAUGCGAGCGGCGGUCACGGGACCGGCUCCGUGACGCCACGCGACGAGGCGAACGAGGCGACCUCGGCGAACGAGACACAGCGUGACGAUCGUCGCGGCGGCUCUCCCGCUUAUCGUCACGAGCCGCCGAUGAACGAUGUCGAGGCGAACGCUCCCGGUGUGCCACAGCCUCUGCGCCGGAUCGCGCGACGGACCCCGCACGCACGGGCUCCCUCUGACGUGAGGACCUGCCCCCGCGUGGAGCCAGCUCGCGCCGCAGAUCCUCGAAGCGGCGACGGAUCUGAUCAGCGGACGCCGGUGGAGCAACAGGCACGCUCGCGGCAGGGCGCGCAAGAGGGAGCAAACGUGGAGCGGGAUCGCUCUCCGCGGUGCAAUCGCGGCCCAGUGGCCAAGGAAAUCCAUUGGCCCACGCUUAAGGCGCCACACCAGCACGAGAGGAGCCGACAACGCCGACCUCCCAGGCGCGACAGGCGGCACCUGUGGCAGCCACACCGCGGAGCGGACGGGGAAGCACGCGGAGGAGAGGCGCGCGACGAGGAGCGCGCGGAGGACAGAGGAGAGCAGGCCAAACGGCAAGGGGACCUCCCCGCCAACUGCCGAACCCAAUCUGGCCGGGCUGAGUUUGUCAUCCAUGCAGUCAGGGACCUCACCUCAGCGCAACCCUCCAGCCUAGUCCUCCAACUCGACCUUGAGAACGCAUUCAACUCUGUAGAGAGGAGCGCGUUCUUCAACGCACUCACAAACUCCCCGCUAGCUCCACUCAUCCCAUUCACGCGCUCAUUCUACGCAACACCUUCACCGCUGCUGCUAGAUCCGCGCUUGAGCUCAACGGCACUCAUCAGCGGAAGGGGAGUCAGGCAGGGGGAUCCCCUCAGACCCCUGCUAUUCGCUGCGUCAAUCCAGCAACACCUCAGGCGUGUAGCAGCGGAACACCCUGACUUCACGGUCCUAGCAUACGCAGAUGAGAUUACCAUGAUAGGACCAGCAACGGCGACGCUCGGCGCGCAAAGGGUGCUCACGCCGCUACUGGCACAGGAUGGCCUCACCUGCAACUUCAGGAAGUCAUCGGCGUGGUCCUCCACGCCGCUUGGAGGUGACGUGCUCCCCGAGGGCCUACCCCUCACCCACGAGGGGGUACGGGUGCUAGGAAGUCAUGUGGGCUCGCAGAGCUUCUUCUCUGAUUUUGUCCGCAGUACCCUGACAGACGCGGCAGCUCCCUUGGGCUCUCUGGCGUCCAUCCACCCACAACACGCCCUCCUGCUACUGUCUCGUUGCAUCAGCCGCAGAAUCGGCUACAUACUGCGCACCACCCCAGCAGACGUCUUACCUCUCUCGGAAUGGCACGCAUGGUGCUCCGAAUUGCUGAACACCGCCUUGACCGCCGCCAGCAUUCAACCGCCACGUCGAGAAGCCGAGAUCAACUUCCUUCUCCGACAAGCAAAUCUUCCAGUCGCCCUGGGCGGGCUGGGCCUUACGGACCCCACAACAGAAGCAGCACCGGCUUACCUGGCAUCAACAACAGAAGCGCUACAACUGCUCCGCUCCCUUGACCUACCAGCGACCGCGGCGCUGGGGGCCAACAACAACGCCCUGCAGCCGUCUGCAGCGCACUCGGUAACCAUCCAGGACAUGGAGGGGCGCCUGCCACCGCUGGCACUACAAAACCUCCAGGAGCAUCAGCAAACCCCGUCCCAAGACCAGCUGCAACGCGCCCUCUCUCAGGAGGUGCACGCGGCAAAGGCCGACGCCUUGACAGAGGAGUCACGCACAAUCCAGGAGCGCCUCACCAUGCCCAAGCUGCUCGUCGGUGCAGCGAACGAUGAAGUGCUGGCACUGGAUGACACGUGA